ACAAAGAUAUGCUAACAUGAUUUCCUUCCUUACUUCUUUGCUAAUUAUCCUUGUAAUAUUCACCCAAAAUAUUAAUGCAGUCGAUUACACGGUCACCAACAGGGCCGCGAACACCCCUGGUGGUGCCCGUUUCAAUCGAGACAUUGGUGCCCAAUAUAGCAAGCAAACAAUGGCAGCUGCCACUUCCUUCAUAUGGAAGAUCUUCCAGCAGAACUCUCCAGCUGACCGAAAAAACGUGCAAAAAGUUAGCAUGUUUGUCGAUGACAUGGAUGGAGUAGCUUACGCUAGCAACAAUGAAAUUCAUGUUAGCGCUAGGCACAUUCAAGGUUACUCAGGUAAUGUCAAGAGAGAGAUCACUGGAGUAUUAUACCACGAGAGCACUCACAUUUGGCAAUGGAACAAAAAUGGACGGGCUCCUGGAGGAUUAAUUGAAGGAAUUGCGGAUUAUGUGAGACUCAAAGCUGGCUAUGCACCUAAUCAUUGGGUGAAACCAGGGCAGGGUGACCGAUGGGAUCAGGGCUACGAUGUGACCGCUUGAUUUCUCGAUUAUUGUAACAGCUUGAGAAGUGGAUUCGUGGCACAACUAAACAAGAAAAUGAGAACCGGUUAUAGUGAUCAGUUCUUUGUUGACUUGCUGGGAAAGACUGUUGAUCAACUUUGGAGGGAUUACAAAGCUAAAUUUUGUGUCGAAAUAAAAAAUAUUAUCUAAUGCCUUUGUACGAUUCAAGGCUAUAUGUAUCAUGAUCUUGUUGAAUAACAGUAAGAAAAUAUAUAAUAAGAAUAAUUACAAGGGAUUAUCAAGAACCUAUCUCACUCAUGUGACU